AAUUAAAAAAAAGGACAAAAACCAUUUUAGAUAAGCAAAAACUAAGAAGCUCCAUUGAAUUCAAUGGAUCAAGAUAAAGCUAGACAUAUAUGUAUUCAUAUAUCUAAAAAUCUUAAAAAUUCAUCUUAUGUUCCAUCAGAUUUCAGCAUUUUUCGAGUUCCCGAUCAGCUACGCAGAGUAAAUGACGAGUGUUACGAACCGCAAGUCGUUUCAAUCGGUCCGUACCAUCGCGGAAAAUCUCACCUACAAAAAAUGGAAAGUUACAAACUACAGUUUCUAAAGCAACUUCUGAGAAGAAGAUCAAGAAAUGCGAACAAUAAUGAGGUAAAAGAAGAAGAAGCUGAUCAGCUACUACAACCCUAUGUGUUGGCCAUGGGAGCACUGGAAAAAAGCGCUCGUAAAUGCUACGAAGAAACGAUUAGUCUCAGCUCCGAAGAGUUCGUGGAGAUGAUGAUUCUUGAUUCUUGUUUUGUUCUUGAGAUUUUUCGCUUUCGUAUAAAAGAUUUUGAAGAGGAGGACGAUCCUAAAUUUGCAAAUAUGCUUUAUUUAUAUAGCAUAAACAGGGAUCUGUUGCUACUCGAGAAUCAGAUUCCGUUCUUUGUUCUGUUGAAGUUUUUUAAUCUGUCUGAGAAGCCAGACCAAAAUUAUGGAUUCAUAGAAUUAUUUACUCCUUACUUAAGCUGCAAAUUUCGAGGGUUCAAAGUUGAUGAAAAUUGCGAUCAGUAUGAAAGCAAGCAUUUGCUGGACUUUGUACAUCGCCAUUGGUUUCCAUUCAGUACUACUACAAGAAAAACUCCAUCGGUAAGUGACGAAUGGGAACCCAUUCGUUGCGCCGGAGAGCUGAGAGAGGCCGGAAUUGGAUUCCGAAGAGUCGGAAAUGAACAAGAACGAAGCAUAUUUGAUGUAAAGUUCAAACGAGGUAAGCUAGAAAUCCCAUCGUUGGUCAUUGAAGAGGAGACGGAAACAAUUCUUCGUAAUAUGAUAGCUUUCGAGCAGUUACUUGCGGAUGAAGUUAGCUAUGUUUCGGAUUAUAUGGUAUUAAUAGACUGCCUUAUAGACCGUCCGCAGGACGUGCAGAUACUGUGUAAAAGUGGAAUUUUCGAAAAUCGAUUGGGAGAUGAUGAUGCGAUCGUCUCCAUUGUUAACAAGUUAGGAUUAUAUGUAAUUCCGUCAUGCUCCGAGUUUCUGUACUCGGAAUUAUUUGAGAAAGUGAACAAGCAUUGCCGCAAAAAGCACAAUAAAUGGAUAGCAAAUUUAAGGCAUGAUUAUUUUCAUAGUCCUUGGGCGAUGAUUUCAUUUUUGGCUGCAGUUGUACUUCUUAUACUUACUUCUAUUCAAACUAUAUAUACUGUUUUAUCUUAUUAAUUAUCACAAUGGCUAAAUUAUGGUUCCUUCA